AACUGAGCCAGCGAGCGGCAAACCCCCCCUCCGGAUAAGACUGAGUUUGGUCGGUUCGGCAGCGGUCGCGAGGGAGCCCCCGUCCAACCACCGUAUCUAUGGCCGCCAACGGCCAGCCGCCGGUGCCGGUGGUGGUCGCCAACGUCGACCACCACCCGGCGCCCCUACUCGGCCUCUUCUUCAACUCACCGAUUCCACUUGUCCCUCACAAUGGCUUCCCCUGCAUCCCCGCCUUCGCCCCCGCCCACCGAAACAAUCCGGAGCUCGUGGCCGCCAUCUUGAGCGGCGACUUCUUCCUCACCACCCUCCAGGCGCGCGACCACCCAGAAGCUUUCUGGUUCGUCUUAGACGCCCGUGGCGGCUACCUUCUCCUCAAAGGGGGCGGGCUAUUGCUCGCGCUGCUAAACCCCUUGGCACGGCGGUGCGAGCGGAUCUUUGAUCUGAGUCACGCCCACAUCUUCGACGACGACGACGACGACCGCCAAGGAGAUGGUAAAAUCCUUCACGCCGGCGUGAUCUGCGAUGACGAAAACCCCGCGAGCUUUGGCAUCUUCUGUCUUGCUGCCCAUGGAGAGUUCAGGUUGCGGGCUGCGGUCUUCUCCUCAUCCUUCGGAAUGGGCGAUUGGUUCCUCUCCCCAUGGUUGGAUGUCCCGCACCCCAACCCUGAAGAUGAACUUUUGCUUGAGAGCGGCAUGCGAGUGGGUAAUUUCAUUUACUGGCCUCACCAGGAUCGUGCGUAUGUGGUUGUCUUGGACCCCGACCCAAACAACCCGCGAUUGUUUGUUGAGAUGAUCCCACCUCUCCUGAAUCUGGAAGGUUUUCGCAGCUCGAUCCUUGGCCAAAUUAACGGCGAUAACAUGUGCAUUGCUUAUUCAAAUGGAUUCAACAUCGGUUUCAUGCUACGUCAAGAAGAUGGCCUUGAUGCUGGGGCAUGGGCUAACAUCAGGGUAUUCAACCUGGCUGAUCCAGUUAAUGCUAAGAUUGCGCAAUCACCCGAGAAUACGCUGAAAAUUGCGGCAAUGCGGGGUAGCAUCCUGUACUUGACAACAUCAGAGAUGUUCACGGGCCUGGCCGUUUCUUGGUUCGCUUGUCUGUGCUUGGAAAGUGGCAGGCUGGAGUGGUUGUUUCCGAGGACGUAUGAUGGUUUCUUCCAGCCAUACCACCAUUCGUAGUGGAGCACUUCUCGGUUACCAGAAAGUGAAAAUUUUGAUCCCUUCAUAUGAGGAAUGAUGACAACCAGGGAAGGACAAUCUGUGAAAAGCAUUGCCUUGUUCUCCUACUAAAUCAAAACACCCAGCUACCAUCCAGAACUGAUCUCUUCUUUGGACCUGCAUCACGCUGAAGGUCCUGACGAAGUUCCUUGAUAUUCAGGAUUCAGUGACAAGUCAAUCCUGUAAUUUGAUCGUUUAUGGUAAUUGUUGUUGUCUUCUGUUAUCAAACUUACCAUUUACAUUGUGGGUGAAUUACUUCAUCUGUUCCUUGACAUUCAGUAUUCAGUGAUAACUCAAUCAUAUGUAUUUUGACCGUUUAUCGUAAUUGGGUUGUCUUCUGGUA